AUGGGAAACACAAAAAGUUUGCCAGUAAAAAGUGAGAAAACAGUCAAGUCGUACAUACGUCGACGGUUUGGCGUGCAGUGCGACAAACUUGACGAGAGUUUGGUGAAACUAUUGGAAGAAGAUUUCACUGAAAACUCAACCAAACGCAAACAACAGAACAACGAGCGAAAGCGAAAGCAGAGCAUUGUACUGCGACUGCGAAAGAAGCUCGGUCAGCGAUCAGAUGAGAGCAAGUCUGAAGAGUCCAUUGCUCUCCUUGCUGAGGAUGACACAGACAACUUUGCCUACCACAACGAGGCCUUUUGUGAUGAUGUCGAAAGCUGUGAGCGUGAUGUUGUGCAUGUUGAGAACAUUGAGACUACUCCAUGCAAGCCCAUGGUCCUCCAUGCCAGAAAAGUUGAAAAUGAAGGUGAAACUAAAGAUAAAGAUUUCACCAUUUCCCCUAACUUGGAUUCCAAGAAUGAUGAGAUUGCCAGCAAAUGGGCCAACCUGAAAUUUGAAGCUGGUCAAGGUGAUGGCCAGCAUGAGGUUAUGGUUGAAGAUCCUUCCAACAUCCAGUUCCCCGCUGAUGAACUUGUUGAAACUGAUAAAGAAGAAAAGAAGACAAUUGAGCAUGCUGAUCAAGGAACAACAGAAGUGCCUGACAAAAUUCAGCCCAAUGAUGUAAAAGAUCAAACAGUUGAGGAAGACAAGAAAACCCCAGAGGAUUCUGAUGCAGAAACCACAGAAGCAAUUCAAAUUCAGUUCCCCACUGAUGAAAUUGUUGAAACUGAUGAUGAAGAAGAAAAGACAAUUGAGCAUGCUGAUACAGGGACAACAGAAGUGCCUGACAAAAUUCAGCCAAAUGUUGAAAAUGAUGAAACAGUUGAGGAAGACAAGAAAACCACUGAGGAUUCUGAUGCAGAAACCACAGAAGCAAAUCAAAUCCAGCUUCCUGCUGAUGAAAUUGUUGAAACUGAUGAACAAGAAAACAAGACCAUUGAGCAUGCUGAUACAGGGACAACAGAAGUUCCUGACAAAAUUCAGCCCAAUGAUGAAACAGUUGGAACAGUUGAGGAAGACAAGAAAACCCCAGAGGAUUCUGAUGCAGAAGCCACAGAAGCAAAUCAAAUUCAGUUACCCAUUGAUGAAAAAGAUGAAUUUGUUGAGGAAGACAAGAAAAUCCCAGAAAGUUCUGAUGCAGAGACAACAGAAGUUCCUUUCCAAAUUAAGUUAUCAACUGAUGACAAAGAUGAGAGAGUUGAGACUGCAGAAGAAAAGAAAAUGGUUGAGCGCAAUACAGAGACAACAGUAGUUGAAGAGAAUAUGAACAACUGUUCUGUUGAAAAUGCUCCAACACCCAUAUACAAUUCUGACAAUAGCAAGACUGGUUACAGAACAGAGAAGGACAUGAAUGAAUAUGAUGAAGAGGAAGCUGCAGACAAUGAUGAAUAUGCAAUGACCUACAAAGAUGAACAUGAAAGGAAAAGGGUUGAGUUUAUUGCAUCUGUGUGGGACAAACUGCUAAUACAACCAGGAAAAGAAAAUGAAACUGUUGAGCUUAUUGUCUUUCCCAAAAUGAAGCAGAGACUUAAUUGUUAUCCUGUUACCGAGGAAAACGAUGAAGAUCCAGAGAAAGAAGACGAGGACACUAUUGUUGGAAAAGUAAUGGAAAAGGCAGUGGAAAGAAAUGAAGAUGAAACCACCACUGUUGAUGGUGACAAACUUGAGAUUGCCAAUCAAGAACAUAGCCAAGAUUCAGCUUCACUGCAACCAGACGAGAGUGCAGAGAAAGUCACAGACAGCCAGGUUGUUCCAUUUCACAUCACUGCGGUGAAAAAGUAUGGCGGUAUUUCUCACAUUCAGCAGAUAAAGAAAGAGAACGCCUUGCAGUUAAAGCGGCUUAAAGAUAUCAAGGCAAGUUCUGUAAUCAGAAAGAUUAGUGAAACAAGAAAAAGCCCACGAAAAGUGGCUGAGGUUGCAAGCACCAUAGCAAAAAAUGAGGCCAUUAAGAAGUCUGAGAGUUUGCUGUCGUUUGAGGCUCAUGAAAUGGAGGCCAAUGAAGAGGAGGACUUUGGACCUUCAACUAGUCAGCCAGACGAUGAUGCCUUAAAUAAUGAAAAUGGAAUUGAAGAUGCAAUAUAUGAGAAGAAAUAUGCUCCCAUGCAAUCAAGUGAAAGUUCCAAGACACCAAAGACCUACCAAGCGGUGCCAUUCCAAAUCACGCCGUUGAAGAAGUAUGGAAGUAUUUCCCAAAUGGAGAAAGUAAAGAAGGAGAAUGCCAUUCGCUUGAAGCGUCUCAGAAAUGUUACGGCCAGCUCUACCUUCAGAGAAACAGUUAAACAGAAAAGUCCUAGGAAGGCAAUGAUGUCGGCUGCUAGCAUUUCUGAGAAAAAUGCUGCUGAAAACAAGGACUAUGGACCUUCCACUAGCCAACAAUGCAAUGAUGACUUAGGUCCUGAAGAUGAUGAGGACCAAGGUGAAAAGGAAUUUUCAGAUGAAGAGACUAAAUCUGAAAGAAAGUUGCAAGCAUAUGAACAUUCUGAGAUAGUAAAGGAACCUGGUGCCAUGCCUUUCCAUAUCACUUCAGUGAAUACACUUGAAAGUAUUUCUUAUUUGGAGAAGAUUGUUAGGGAAAACGAUAUACAAUUGAAACUGCUCAGGAGUGAAAAGGCAAGACGUGAUGCGCAGAAGUCAUUUGAUGUCAAACAAAGCCCAAGGAAGUGUUUGAAAUCCUCUGUAAACAUAACCAGUCAUGAGGCCACUGAAGACCCAGAGAAAGCAAGGUCCUUUGCAGACUAUGACAAGAAUGCCGCUGAAAACCAGAAAUAUGGAUCUUACACAAGUCAACCAUACUAUGGCGCCUUCCAGAAUGAUGCCUACAGUUGUGAAGGUGAUAACAGCGGAGACCAGGAAGCAGAUGAAACUAGACAUGAAAGAAAACUGCCAAAAGCAGAUGACCCUGGUCUGAUUCCUUUUCACAUCACACCAUUGAAGAAGUAUGGUGGCCUAUCACACAUGGAGCAAAUAAAGAAGGAAAAUGCAAUUCGGUUGAAGCGGCUGAGAAAUGUAAAGGCAAGCUCUACUGUUCAAAGAUCAAUGAAAGUAAAACAGAGCCCGCGAAAAGUUGCAGUGUCUGCAGAAAACGUAUCGAGGAGAAUCUCUGAAAGCCCUGAGCGUGCAAAGUCCUUUGCCGUUUACCAGAAGAAUGCGGCCGAAAAUCAGGACUAUGGACCCUCUUAUGAUGAGAAGGGCAAUGAAUUUGGCCAUGAUGAGUUUGAUCAAGUAGGAGAUGAAUUCCAAGAUAAUGAAUCGAUGAGCCAAUCCUUCUUGCCAAUGUCCAAUGCAACUGAGUUUGAUGAGGAUGAUAAAAUGCCUCGGGCCAUGAAUCCGUUUACAAUUUUACCAAGAAUUCAGUACCAGAGGUAUGUUGAAGAGGAAGGAAAUGAGCCAAUGGACUUCAGCCCUAAAAAUGAAGAGGACUGCCCAAACUCUCUUGCUGCCUGGAAAACAUCUGCAAGGAACUACAAUUACAAUGAAUAUGCUGCAGGUAAUUCAAAGGAGAUAAAAUAUGGAUCUGUGCAGCACUUCAAUCAAAUGAAGAAACAGAACUCCAUGCAGCAAAAGCGUUUGAAUAAUGUUUCAAACAAAAUUGAUUCCUGGAAGCCAGAGUCAAUGAGAAACAUACCAGUGUCGCAGAAAUCAAUGCAAUAUGGUUCAGUUGACCACUUCCGAAAGAUAAAGGAGGACAAUGCAAGGAGAAAUCAAAAGCUGACCAAAGUUAAAUCAAAACUGGAAACUUGGAAUGAGGCUAACCAAGGCAGUAUCAAUUCUAUCCAGAGGAAGGAUGAUUGGAGACCAGUGGUUAACCCAAAAGAGUUUGGAUCAGUUGCGCACUACCAUCAGUCGAAGAUGAAAUAUCAGAAACAAUCGAAAUGUCUCAACCAGGUGAAGUCCAAAAUAAGCACCUGGCAACCAAAGGAGAAAAUGACGGCGCUAAGGAUGCCACGGCAAGUCGUACCGGCAAACAAUGAGCAUGUCAAGUCACUCAAGAUGUCGAUUAGAAAUGCGACCUCCAAAAUCAACUCCAGAAGAGAAAUGACGAAGACGGACAAGGGGCAGGCACCGUCCUGGAGUCGUUACAUGACACCAUCAACAAAUGUGAACCAGAACGCCAUCAUUAGAUGCUUGGAAAGAAAGAAGCAGAUUGCCAAGAUGGAGUAUCAGAAGGAGUUCAGAAGUUUCAACCUUCCCCCAGGAACCCCAAGACCCACCAACAACAUGGGCAUCAACCUGAUGAGGAGAAAACCUGCUCAAUGCUGCAGGUUAGGAAUGGUCACCAGAGCUGAAGUGAGAAGGAUGGACUAG